ACACGUCAUAGCCAAACAAAAAAGAUAUGGGCACACCAAGCAGCAGGCAGCUGCUGCUCGUCGCAGCCGUGUGCCUCGUCGUCGUCGCCGUGGACACGGCGGCGGCGGCAGCGGCAGCGGCAGCGGCAGCAGCGAUGCGCGGCCGGCGUCGCGUCCACCUGCGGGUGUACAUGCACGACGUGAUCCGGGGGCCGGGGCAGACGGCGAUCCAGCUGGUCUGGGGCGUGGGCCCGCCGCACGCGACCAUGCCGGGGCGGUCCUUCGGCGACACGGCGGCCAUCGACGACAGUCCUCACGGAGGGCCCAGACAUCGGCUCCGCGCCCGUCGGCCGCGCGCGGGCAGGGCACCUACAUGCUCAGCUCGCAGCGGGAGGGGCGGUGCUCGUCGUGGACGUCACGCUCGCGCUCACCGCGGGGCCAUACAACGGCAGCACGAUCGUGGUGGCCGGCCGCGACCGCGUACAGGACGAGACGAGGGAGCUCGCGGUGGUCGGCGGCACCGGGGACCUCCGCGGCGCCUCCGGGUACGUGCUGUGGAGGACGGCCAAGGUGUGGUCGGAGGUGCACAUGGCGCUGGAGAUCGACGUGCACGCGUCCGUGCCACUGCCACUGCCGGACGACGACGACGACGACAACGACCUUGUUCUUGGCAGCAGGGAUGAGUAGUAACUUAAUUAGUAGACGUGAGACAUGCGUGGUUCUCUAUCUAUCUCUGUCUAGGAGAACCUCCGAUUCCAUUUAUGAUUAAAUAAAUAUAAAAUGAGCUUCAAUUUUAGCUCUGCAGACGGUUC